GUCUUCCGUUUCCCCGGGAACCAACAGGAGUAGCCAACCGCCAAAAAAUAAUAAAAGAAGAAGAAGAAUCAACAGGAGUAGGUCGGAAACAGCAACGGGCAGGAGUUUGGGACACAAACAGAGUGAAUAAAGGAUGUUUUACAGCAACAGCAGCGGUUCCGAUCCACUCAACAUGUCUAAAAGCGACAUGCUGAGAGGUAUCAUCACCGAGAAGCUGAGCACAGCCGCCCGGGAGAUCUUAGCGGUGGUGGAGAGGACCGUAACCGACUACGAGAAGGAGGCUUCGGCCUUCAGGCAGGAGAUCGACCGCCAGAGGAGGCAGCUGGAGCUCCUGCAGCCUCAGGUCAAACUGCACAGAGAAGAUGUGGAAGCAGCUGAGAGGCACAGACUGAUGGGUAACCAUCCAGAUGAUGAUGAGGAUGAUGAUGAUGAUGAGGAAGAUCCAGUGGCAAUCUCCAAAUGGAUCCAAGAAGACCUGAAGGACCCAGAUUAUGAAACCUCAUCAAGGUCAGGUUAUUCCAAAGUUCAGACCGGAAGAAAAAGGUCCGGCGGAGCUCGGAUCAGUGACCCACGGGCCCAUCUAAUUCUCCGAAUCUGGUUACUAGAGGACACUGGGACCAAGGUUCUGCCUGAAAGUGUGUUUCGGAAAAGUCCCGACUCAAUCCUGAAGUGUGCUCGAGGUCUACAGGAGAUGGUCUUCCUGGACAUGCUGAGGUCCACUUUUCCUCAGCUGGCUGCAGGAGAACCUUUCGAUAUCUUCAUAGCUGAUAAGAGCAGGAGCCUUAAGCCUCUGGCAGUGAAGACUCCAGAGGAGAUCUGCAGGGCCGGAAACCAGAACCUCUACGUCUGUCUGAAGAAAAUGCAGACAAAUACGGAGGUUAGAGAGCCUCUGAUGGGUAAUUCUACACCUACCAACCUGGUGCUGAAGAACGAGGAAUCCUGGUUUCAUUCAAGCAGCUGGGUUGAAGGUGCCGACGGGUCCUUCAGCUCAACAUCCCAACAACAGGAGCAGGAAGCAGAUCAGAGCAACGCCGUCUCCUUGGAAACCCAGACCUUAUGGAGUGAGGUGGUGAAGACUGAGGUGAAGGAGGAAGAAUGUUCUGUUGUCACCCUCACAGUGGAUCCUGUUCUCACAGAGAACUAUGAAUCUGGACUCCCAAUAAUCUUCGUUGAAGAUGCUUCAGGUUCUGGAGGAGACCAUCAGUCCUUCAGCUCUAAAUCUGAUCCUGACGACCUGGAAACAGAUAAAGACGAUGACAGCGACUCCAGCACUGAUACAGAUGUGGCUUUAAAUGAAGAUGUCAGCUGUAAUCAGGGUGUGGAGCCGCAGAUAUACGGGAGGAACAACAGGCUGACCUGCAGAGUCUGUGGGAUGUGGUACCGGCAGCAUGGAAGUUUGAUCAGCCACGUCUGGAAACACGUCUACGAGCCUCACGGCGUCUGUGGGGCCUGUGGAGAGAAGUUUGUGUCUGUGGAAAGAUUGAAGGAACACCUCAGAAGUCACAAAAAAGGCUACAGCUGUUGGCAUUGUGGGAAGUACUUACUCUCCAGCACCACCCUCAACCGUCAUGUCGCUAAGCACUUAGCAGGAAGUCCAAUUACAUGCAAAGUUUGCAGAAAAACCUUCUCAACCAUGUCAGGCCUGAAUGGUCAUAGCUGGGUCCAUCUGCAAAAACGACCCGUCAGGUGUCAUCUUUGUUCAGAAUGGUUUGGUCGGAAGUCAGAUCUUCUAGCUCAUAGAAAGCUGCAUGCUAGAGGAGGUAAACACCACAGCAAGGCCUCGACGGGCUGCCAGGGCUACAGCUGCAAAGUCUGUGGGAAGACGUUUACACUCAAAGUCACGCUGAGGAAGCACGAGAAGACCCACACAGCAAGAGGCAGGCCAUCCGCCACCUUCCGAACCAAGCAGAACCGGAAGAAUCACACCCAGACUUACAGCUCCGACGGCUCAAUUGUUUGCAAGCUGUGCAACAUGAGCUUUGUGUCCCAGGAGACACUGAAGGUCCACAUGAUCGUUCACUCGGGCGGGAGUCUGUACAAGUGUUUCGAGUGCGGGCGCUGCUUCAGCCGAGCAGUCUACCUGAAAAACCACAUGAAGACGCAUUCAUGCAUCCAACGCUGUCUGUGCGCGAUCUGCGGCCAGGUGACUGACAGACCCGAGGCCCUGGAGGUCCACAUGAGGAUCCAUAACAGAGAAAACACUUUAGGCCAAAACCUUCACCCAGAUCCAAGGUGUGAAAACACACAGGAGAAACCAGAUGGAAACUGCUCGGAUCCAAGUCUGAUGUCUGAAGGACAAAAGUCUUAAAGAAGACGGGCUGCUGGAGGUGCACCGGUCUUGGCAGGAGGAAGCAGUGAGAGCGGGCGCUAAGAGAGCCGCUGCUGCAUCAGAGCAGUGUCCUGUACAGCAGCGGUGAAACGGAAGAUGAUUUCAUUGGUUUUUUUUGUUGUUAGAAACCGACACACAAAAACAUACUGGGUCCAUCACCAGAGGAGAGCACUGGAAGAAAUCCAGCUGGAAGGGGAGCGGCGGCGGGCGGGUACGCUGGUCUUUGCAAUGAGAGCGGGUCUAGGGCAGAUGCCCACCACGCUCAGUGCUCUGGGGGUGUUCGACUGCUGUCAGGCCCUAAAAUGGCUCGAACAUUUUCCUGUCUCCUUGGACCGAGUAGAACUGGACUCUUGGGAUUUUGAAUGGAGGUUUUUGUUAUUUGGUAUUUUUAGUUUCUUUGUAGCUUUUUGUUUGUGGGUUUUAGUUGAUUUUCUAACUGUUUGUAUUGUAAUAAACUUGUCCUCCUUGGUUGCCAGUUUUUCUUGCUUUACCCGAUUCCUGAAAGAACUUUAGCGCCUUAUGGGUCACAUAUUAGAGGUCCUCAGAACCUUCAGGAUUUGAAGACUGGAGGAAUGGGUCAGAAUCACAGCUGAUUAUUAAAGCUGUUUUCUGUGAUGUUCCACUUUAUUACGGUAAUCAUUUCUAGUUACAUUUUUUUGUGGGGAUUACUCAGAUUUGUUCUUUGAUUUCUCCCACUGUGAAUUAAAAUCUUUCAUAUAAAACUGA